AUGACAAGAGACACGGAUCCAAUGGAUGAGGACAAGGCAGGAGGAAUUUCCGACGCUGCGCCGCCAGCUCCCCAGUCGGGCUCCACUUCGACAAGCGGGAACAAGCAGGCACUCUCUCCAGCGCCCUCAGCUGCUCCUCCGUCAAACCCGGCUGCAGCUCCUCCAGGAGGCCCGAAUUCGGGUACGUCGAAGCGAAAAAGAGGCCUCGGUGUCGUUACACCAAACGCUUGUACCGAAUGCCGUAAGAAGCGCGCCAAGUGCGACGGGAACAAGCCCUGCAGUCGGUGCAAGGCGCAAAAGGAUGUCGAAUGCGUAUAUGAAUUGCCUGUCCGCCAGUCGAAAGAGAACCUCCGUCACGAGAUCGAACAGCUACGCCAACAGCAGCGCAACAAUGAGCGAGUCAUCGCCGCUCUUGUGCGCCCCGAUCUUUGGGAAGAAGUUCUCGCACGCCUGCGCAGCGGCCAGACCGUGGAAUCCAUCUCAGAAUGGCUUGCAGGGACCACCCCUUCCGGAGGCGGCGCGUUACCGUCGAUCACCCGCUUGCUGAACCAAGGGAGCGCUGCUCCGCCAACCUUAUCGGGUUACGGAGCUGCCGCUUCGAGCAGAUAUACGCAACUCCCGCCCGGUAUGAAUGCGCUUAGCCCGGUCAGCAGCCAGCAGCAACACGGUAUCCGGCGCGAGGCGGACCAGCAGAGCCCCUGGCGAGGUCACUAUUCCGCCCAGAAUCGUCCGACCCCGAGCCCUCUCACGGACGCAUCGAGCUGGAAGACGGACGUCCAAAGGCAAGCACGAUUGCGCGUCGGAUCAUGGGUCGACAGUCAAAUCAGCAGCUCGGAACCGGGGAGGGGGCGUACCUUUGGCCCUGUCCUGCUUCCCGACUUCCCUGAGAUGCGAGUCCCCCCAGGAACUUGGACGACAGUAACCAGCGACCCAGCUCUGGUUCAGCACCUGCUGGCCCUCUACUUUUGUUGGGAAUAUCCAACUUUUGCCUCCCUUAGCAAGGAGCACUUCCUCAAGGAUUUCAUGGAGGGCCGGCCCCGGUUUUGCUCGCCGAUCCUGGUCAACGCGCUUUUGGCCCUCGGCUGCCGCUUCUCCCGCCGGCCAAACACUCGAUCCAAUCCCGACGAUCCGCAUACGUCCGGUAACCACUUCUUCAAGGAGUGUCAACGCCUGUUCUACCAGGAGGAGGACCACCACAAACUCACCACCAUCCAGGCGCUAGGCAUCAUGUCCAUUAGAGAGGCCAGCUGCGGCAGAGACUCUGAGAGCUGGUAUUAUGCUGGUCAGAGCAUUCGUCUGGCUAUCGAGAUGGGGCUCCAUCGGCUGCAAGACGACGGGCGGGACGACGACGAGAGUGCAGUCCAAGCCGCAACGUUUUGGGGGGCGUUUGCUCUCGAUCACGCGUGGUCCUUAGCAACCGGCUCACUCCCCCAGUGUUCGUGCUUCCCUCGCCUUCCGCCGAAACCGGCAAUAAUAGACGACAUCGAGGCCUCGCUGCGGAUCCCGUAUACAGAUGACGGCGCGCCUUUACAGAGGUCCUGCGAGCAACCCUCCAACGUCCGCUCUGUCUAUAAGUGCUUCUGCGAGCUUAGCGAACUAGUUCACCAGUCGUUAUACGUUCUUCAUUCGCCUGGCAGGCCGCUCACAAGCAGGGACUUGCUCGCUAUCUAUACUCAAUACCUGAAUUGGUAUGACAGGAUACCGGAGGUGCUGCGCCUCGGGCACAACUUCACCCCGGCCGUCCUAUUCGCACACAUGUACUAUCACUUUGCCAUACUCCUUCUCUUUCGACCCUUAAUCAAGCUGCGAAUCAUCGGCUCAAGUAUAUCCCCGCGCGAUGUCUGCUCGCAGGCGGCCGAUGCGAUUACCGGACUAUUGCGCUCUUAUGCGCAACUUUACACGCUGAGACAAACACCAUCGUUCGUACCAUAUUUUGUCCUCACAUCAUCAAUCAUGCACCUCACUUUAGCGGCGGUGAACUCCGGUACCCGACGAGCCGACAACGGUGGCCCAGCGCAGGGCGAUGACCCUCAGAGGCCGCCGCCCAAGUCGGAUCCUCACGUCGUCGAGGCCAUCGGCCGGGGGAUUGCAGACCUAGCGGAGAUGGCGCCCUGCCAUCAUUUCGCAGAGCAGGCGCUGAAUAUACUAAAGUUCAUGGCCAAGAAGUGGAACAUUGAUGUUGAGAUCAAGAAGAUGGCGGGAGACGAAGCCCGCGAAGUGGAAUUCAACGACGUGGACAAGGCUACACGGCCGGUCGCAGGCAGCCUUAACUUCUUCGUGCCCAACUUUAAGGAAUCGGACUUCAACUGCACGUGGGGGAAUGCGGUCCCGGGCCUAGGCGCAGAUAAAGAAGCCGGAGGCAAGCUUAAGGACGUCGCAGUGACAGCUGACAGCCCGGAGAAUCCUCUGUUCUGGCCAUUCCCUAUGCAAGGCCGUCCCAUGUUGCCUGCUGGGAAGGAGUUAGAGGAGGCCGGGUUCGAGUUAAUCUAGCAAAAAAUCUAAAUGUGAAAAAGAUCGCC